UCUCCUCUCCUCUUCUGAUGAGAGUGAGGGAUGGGGGAGGGGUCCCAGCUCCUAGCACUUUCUCCCCUCACCCCAAAGUGCCAUCAGAACAGCUCUGGGCUGUGACAUCACAGAGCCCCCACCUCAUGAUAGGAGUCAUGAGGCUGUGGCCAUGGGUGCUGGUGUGGGUGUGGCUGGCUGCACUAGGGGCCAUAGAAACUGCACCCAGACCCAAGCGUGCCACGGCGUCAGCCCUGGGGACAGAGUCUCCGCGCUUCUUAGACAGACCUGACUUCUUCGAUUAUCCGGACUCAGACCAAGCCAGGCUACUGGCUGUGGCCCAGUUUAUUGGAGAGAAACCCAUCGUGUUCAUUAACUCAGGUUCCAGCCCCGGGCUCUUCCAUCACAUCCUGGUGGGCUUCCUGGUGGUGGCGUUCUUCUUUCUCCUUUUCCAGUUCUGCACCCACAUAAACUUCCAGAAAGGGGCCUAAAGAGCCGGACAAGGGCUCUGGACUCAACCUGAGCACCCACACCCACCUCCUCUCCUGUUGAUGAGCAAAAGUUCCCUGCUUUCCUCCUCCCUGACUGCCCAGCGAGCAGCCGGGGAUCCUGUCCCCUCUGUUUCCCAUGGCCCAAGCCCCCCACCUCCUCCCUUCCCAGCCCCAAAGAACUUGGUGGCAAGGGCCUUGGUGGCGUUCACGCAGAUCGUCUUUUAUUAGCGGUCUGUAAAGCACCUCCCAGGGUCCCCCGACCCCAGAUUGGAGGAAGCCUUGAGAGGUCAGUAGCACCAGGGACAUGGCAGGGCCCGAGGGCGCGAUGUGCAGCCGAUGGUGAGGGACUGGGCACCCUCGCCUGCCCCCGGGGUUGUCAGCACUGGGAAGGCUUGGGGGUAGCAGCCACCUCCUUCCCCCAACCCAACAGACUAGUUCAAAUUUGGGUAAAUAAAUAAAAUAAAUAAGAUUCCUCAA